AUGGAUUCGUCAUCAACUUCGCCCUGCCCUAAGGAGGCUGACUGGAGUCAGAAGUCAGAUGAAGACUACAAAGACCUCAGCUAUUACGACCUUACCCCCCCUGGCGAGAUCAUUUCGGAUCUAGAGCAGGAAUCCACCUCCACAACGGAGGCCACUUCCGACAUAGACACAGACACUAACGUCCAAUGUGGUGUCAAGUCACAAUCUGUCAGAAGGCGGCCUCUUGUUACCGUCAUUGGAGUUGGAUACGUGGGUGAGCACCUCGUUGAUGUCUUCUCUCGUCGCUUCGACGUCAUCGGCUAUGACGUCUCAGAGGCCCGUGUCAAGGCCCUCUCUGCCAAAUACUCCCAAAACGGCAGAGUACAAAUCACGUCCCACUCGACAAGGCUUUCGGAAGCCACUCAUUUCCUCAUCUCAGUUCCGACGCUUCUGCGUCCAGACAAGACUGUGGAUACUUCUUAUCUACGGAGUGCUUUGGAUACUGUUGCAAAGUACGCAGGUCCUGGCUCCACUGUCGUGUUUGAGAGUUCUGUUGCUGUUGGAAUGACACGAAAGCUUCUCGGGCCCGUCGCCAAGAGAAUGGGUUUGUAUGCUGGCAUGUCACCUGAGCGGGUUGAUCCUGGUCGCUUUGAACCUGCGGCUCAUGAGAUCCCCAAGGUGAUCUCUGGUCUAGACGACGUUGUCCCUGGCUCCCUGGCUUCAAUCUUGGAGCUGUACUCUGCAGUGUUCGACAAGGUUGUCACCGUCUCCAAACCUGAAGUGGCGGAGAUGACCAAGCUGUACGAGAACUGCCAGCGGAUGAUGUGCAUCGCCUACGCCAAUGAGAUGGCCAAUGCUUGUGUCCCUCACGAUAUUGACCCCUACGAGGUUUGUCGUGCCGCGGCCACAAAGCCAUUUGGCUACAUGUCUUACUCUCCUGGUCUUGGUGUCGGUGGUCAUUGCAUCCCCGUCAACCCGUACUAUUUGCUGUCUAACAGCGAAUUCCCGUUACUCAAGGCAGCUACAGAAAAGAUGUAUGCUCGCCCAGCAGAGAUCGGACAGGAGGCCAUCAAACUCCUGUCCAAGGGACCAACCAAGGGAGUCUUGCCCCAUGUUCUUGUUGUUGGCAUGGGUUUCAAGCGUGGCCAAUCUCAUCUGGUCAACUCCCCUGGACUUGAGCUUGCCAAAAGCCUGGUUCUCUCAGAGAAGGUCGCUGUCUCGUUCGCCGAUCCCCUCGUGGGACAAGAGGCAGUGCCCCAGAUUCCCCGACUAGACGAAGCCAAUUGGUCGGUUGAAUAUCUGGAGCAGACCUUUGAUAUGAUCAUCGUCGCCUUCAAACAAGAAGGUCUAGACUUUGGUCUUCUCGAGAAACUUGCUGGCGUGCGGGUCCAGAUGUGGUGUACUUGA